CCCGGGCUCGGUCCCCAGCUCCCUCCUCUCUCCACCUUGGUCGGGUACCGGAAGGUCCAAGCCGCUGCCGGGUGCCCGAGUGCCAUCGUGGCCGCCGCCACGGGUCCUGAUGGAGCCGCCGAAUCUCUAUCCGGUGAAGCUCUACGUGUACGACCUGUCCAAGGGCUUGGCCCGGAGGCUCAGCCCCAUCAUGCUGGGGAAGCAACUGGAAGGCAUCUGGCACACCUCUAUAGUUGUACACAAGGAUGAGUUCUUCUUCGGCAGUGGCGGUAUUUCCAGCUGUCCCCCGGGAGGGACAUUGCUUGGGCCUCCAGACACUGUGGUUGAUGUGGGGAACACAGAAGUCACAGAAGAAAUCUUUCUGGAAUACCUGUCCUCCCUGGGGGAAUCUCUGUUCCGAGGAGAAGCCUACAACCUCUUUGAGCACAACUGUAACACCUUUAGCAAUGAAGUGGCGCAGUUCCUGACUGGGCGGAAGAUCCCUUCUUACAUCACUGACCUGCCCUCUGAAGUUCUCUCCACGCCCUUUGGACAAGCACUUCGACCCUUCCUGGACUCCAUCCAGAUCCAGCCUCCUGGAGGGAACUCUGUGGGCAGACCCAAUGGCCAGAGCUAACAGGACUGCACGGGACUGCCUGCCCCUCCAGGAAUUUUCCUUUUUAAACAAAACAAACCCUACCAGAUUUCUAUUUUAUAAUUUUACAUCAGAGCUAAUGGGGACGGCUUUUUAAAUUUCCCAGGGAAAGAGCUUGUCGGGCUGCACGUAGGACAGUGCUCCUGAGAACAGAACAAAUGCCAUCCCUUCUAAUAGUAUUAUACUAAUUGAUUAAGGCUG